GACAAGCUCUCGGAGGUGGCCAAGGUGAACACGGACGCCAUCCGCCUGGCCCAGGAGGAGAUCUCCGAGUACCGCCGCCAGCUCCAGUCCAAGACCACAGAGCUGGAAGCUCUCAAAGGAACCCAGGAGUCACUGGAGAGGCAGAGGCAGGACUCAGAGGAGCGCCAUCAUGCCGAUGUCCUGUCCUACCAGGAAACCAUCCAGCAGCUUGACAGUGAGCUGAGGAACACCAAGUGGGAGAUGGCAGCUCAGCUCCGCGAGUACCAGGAUCUGCUCAACGUCAAAAUGGCCUUGGACAUCGAAAUUGCUGCCUACAGAAAGCUCCUGGAAGGGGAGGAAUAUCGGAUUGAGUCUGGCUUUGGGAUGAUCUCCUUCCCUGAGGUGGUCCCCAAAGCUCCCAGCAUCGCCACCAACAUCAAGGUGAAAAGCGAGGAGAAGAUCAAGGUGGUGGAAAAAUCAGAGAAGGAGACAGUGAUUGUGGAGGAGCAGACAGAGGAAAUCCAGGUGACUGAGGAAGUUACGGAGGAGGAGGAGGCUGAGAAAGAGGCUGAAGAGGAGAAAGCUGAAGAAGAGGAGGAAGGAGAAGAGGAGAAAGCUGAAGCAGAGGGUGAAGAAGAGGAGGCCAAGUCUCCUGCAAAAGAGGAGGCCAAGUCCCCAGAGAAACCUGAGUCCCCCUCAAAGGAGGAGGCCAAGAGCCCAGCUGUCAAGUCCCCAGAAAAGCCACCAAGCCCCUCAAAGGAGGAGGCCAAGACUCCAUCUGUAAAGUCACCAGAGAAGCCUGCAACCCCCUCCAAAGAAGAGGCCAAGAGCCCUGCCGUGAAGGCUCCAGAGAAACCCCCAAGAACCUCAAAAGAAAAACCCCCAACACCCUCAAAAGAAGAGGCCAAGAGCCCUGCCGUAAAGUCUCCAGAGAAACCCCCAACACCCUCAAAAGAGGAGGCCAAGAGCCCUGCUAUCAAAUCCCCAGAAAAACCCCCGACCCCCUCAAAGGAGGAGGCCAAGACCCCAGCAGUGAAGUCCCCAGAGAAACCCCCAACCCCCUCAAAAGAGGAGGCCAAGAGCCCCGCUGCCAAGUCACCAGAGAAGCCUUCAACCCCCUUGAAAGAGGAGGCCAAGACACCAGCUGUGAAGUCCCCAGAGAAACCUGCACCUCCCUCAAAAGAUGAGCUCAAACCUCCAUCUGUCAAAUCCCCAGAGAAACACCCAACCCCCUCUAAAGAGGGGGCCAAGACCCCAGUGGUGAAGUCCCCUGAGAAACCCCCAACCCCUUCAAAGGAGGAGGCCAAAACUCCAACUGUGAAGUCCCCAGAAAAACCCCCAACCCCUUCAAAGGAGGAGGCCAAGCCCCCAGCUGUGAAGUCCCCCGAGAAAGUCAAAUCUCCUGCGAAGGAGGAGGCCAAGUCCCCACAGAAGGAAGCGGCCCCAGCCAAGGAGCCCACCCCUCCAAAGGAGCUGAAAGCCCCUGCGAAGGAAGAGCCGCCCCAGAAGGAGAAGGCUCCAUCCAAGCCUGGAGCCGAGGAGGGCAAGAAGGAGGAAGCCCCCAAGAAGGAUGUCCCAGCCAAGGUGGAGGAGAAGCCCAAAGAGAAGGCGGCUGCUGUCCCAGAGCCUCCGGCCCCACAGGUGAAGGAGACCGCGAAGCCCAAACCCACAGAAGAAGGAAAAGCUGAGAAGGAGGCGCCACCAAAACCUCAGCAGGAGGUUGGCAAGGCGGCUGCGAAAGAGGCUGAGAAGCCAAAGGCUGAGGAGAAGGUGGAGGAACCCAAAAAGGAGAAGGUGGAGGAGCCCAAAGCUAAAGCCAAACCCAAAGAUGAGCCCAAAGCCAGUAAGGAGCCCCCCAAGGCUGAGCCCCCCUCCAGCAAGGAGGGCAAAGCCCCAGAGCCGGCACCCACCACGGGGAAGAAGUGA